AUGACAACCAGAUUGAUGUUUUCGAAUGAGGCUCUUUCCAUUUAUACUCAUUUACCUCAUUUUAUUGCUACAAAUGCAGAUAAAGAUCGAUUAGGACGUAUAGCUGUAAAAGCCAUACAUGAACAAAUGGACGAUGAUAAAGAUGGAUUAAUUGAAGCAUCAGAAAGUAGCGAGUUUAUUACAGAAGAAUUAGAAUCAAAGACCGAUGCUGAACGUCACAAACAAUUUCAAGAUGCUGAUUUACACAUAACAGUUGAAGAUUUAUGGCACCAAUGGCAUAAUAGUGCCGUUUAUAACUGGACUGUCGAUGAUGUGGUUGAUUGGCUUGUUAAUUUCGUCCAUUUGCCAAUGUAUGUAGAAAAUUUUAGACGAAAUCAAAUUGAUGGUCGAAUAAUACCAAGAUUAGCAGCUAAUGAAAAACAUUAUAUAACAGGUAUAAUGCAUAUCAGAGAUCCGAGACACAAACGACGAUUAAUAAUUAAAGCAACUGAUGUGGUAUUGUUCGGUCCCCCACAAAAUCCUCAUAAUCUUGUUAAAGAUAUGAUAUUGAUGUCAGCAUUGUUGAUAUCAAUUGGUGGUUGUAUUUAUGCAUUUAUUCGACAUCGUAAAACUCAAGAACAUAUGAAUAUUAUGAUGAAAGAAUUGGAAGCAUUACAAAAAUGCGAAGUUGAUCUGAUUGCAUGUACGGGAAAAAUGAAAUCAAUGGAUAAUGAACUAAAAGAUAAAACGAAAGUUGAUCGUGGUCUGUUAUAUGCAUGGUAUGUUGAAGUUCAGCGAACCAAGGAAGAAGCUGAGAAGUUACGAAAACUUCGUGAUUCAACUCCUGAUCACGACAAACAGUUAAAACUAUCUAUACAAGAAAUUGAACAGUUGAGAAUAGCACUCCGUAAAGCGGAAGAACAUGCUAGACAUCAGUCUUAUGAAGCACCGUCUGAAUUACUUGAAUUAUUGCAACGAACACAUGAUUUAGAAGAGGCAGCAUUUGAAAUAAAACGAAAAUUAGCCGAAAAUGCAAUGAUGAAUGCCAAAGAACAUAUGACCAAAAUAUCUAAAAUGCAAAAAGGCUUUUUUGGUGCUGUGCGAAUUGCGCAUACAAGCUGCAUGGAUGAUGUUGGUGAAUUGAUUAAUGCAGCUAAAGAAAAACUAGCUGAAAUACAAGAUGAAUAUGAAGAACGUGAAAGACGUUGGCAUAAAAUAGCAGUAUUAGUCAAUCGUGAUGAUUUUAUAGGACAAAUAGCUUCAAAUCAAUCAUCAUCCAUAUCAACGACAACUUCACCAUCAAUAUAUAAUGGUUCUGUGACAUCGGGAGUUAAUCCAGCGGUUGGCACCUGCGGGGAAUAUGCCUUUUCACGUUCAAAAUCGUCAACUUAUGACACAUGUGGUUUAAUAAAUUCAUUAGAUCCAUCGAAAAUAAAUGGUAGUGUACAUAAUAAUAAUCGUGGUUUAGCGAUCAAUCCUCCUCAACCACUACGUGUCAUUGAUGAUACACUUAGCCAAGCGGAUAGUGGUCUUGAAUCAUCUAAUUCAUCAUCUGUAACGCUCAAACGUCGUGCACUUAAUCGUCCUAUCAGGAACGGAAAUAGUGCUAUAGCAAAUUUUGCCUUGUCCUAUUCAAAUUCCACAACGGGCAUUGCUGAUAUGCUGUAUAGUGGUGAAUUAAAUAAUCGUCAAAACGGCUCUGUUGUUAAUAUGCCAUCAUCAUUAUCUGAUCAUUCUCAUCAAGGCUAUCAUCAAGGCUAUCCGUCAACAAUACACAGUCAAGAGUCUAUCGAUCGUAUGUUACCAUAUGAAACAGCAUCACAAAUAUUUUCAUGUUCAAAUUCUGUGGGAACACCGGAUAAAACACGUAAACAAUUUUCUGCUACGAAAAUAUUUAAACCAUUUCGUUCAAAAAAAAAAGAAUUAAAACAAUGA